CUACUCGCUUUAGGGUUUGCCGGCAGCAUCUCUCUUUGCUCCAAAGCAUUCAUUCAUUCCUUCUCCAAACGCAGCUUUCGGUCCAUCUCUCAGUUCAAGCCUUCAAGAAGCCGAAACACCAAGCGCAUACAAAAGACGGAGAAGAGUCUGGAGAGAAUAGAAGGCCAAUUCUCGGAGCUCUAUUGACUCAAUUACGGAGGUUUCAUGGCGGAAGCGUUGAUCUCCAACCCAGAAGCCAAUGCUCAGGAAAAUGGUCCCUCGGCUUCGCCGCACCCGUCUUCAGCUGGGUCUUUGUUCCACAGAAGAAUCGAUUUUCAUCUCACAAGGAAGCCUUACUCUGGCUUCACCAACGGCAGCGGAGGUUUUCGACUAGAGACUCUGAACCCCACCACGGAUCCGAAGCGGUCUGGGCACAGUACGGGUCCGGCGGCUUCGAGUGGGAAGAAGCAAGAUGGCUCUGAUCAUGUGGAGAACGGGUUGGAUCCGGAGCUCAGUAUUGGGAUCACAGUUAGGAGAAUUGGUGCUGGUUUGGAAAAUCUGGGAAAUACCUGUUUUCUUAAUUCAGUAUUGCAAUGCCUGACUUACACAGAGCCUUUGGCAGCAUAUUUGCAAAGCGGAAAGCAUCAAAAUUCUUGUCAUAUUGCUGGAUUUUGUGCUUUAUGUGCCAUCCAGAAGCAUGUCAGCCGUGCUCUUCAGUCAACUGGAAGAAUAUUAGCACCCAAGGAUCUUGUCUCUAACUUACGGUGUAUAUCUCGGAACUUCAGAAAUGCAAGACAGGAGGAUGCACAUGAGUAUAUGGUAAAUUUGCUUGAAACAAUGCACAAAUGUUGCUUACCUUCUGGUGUGCCAAGUGAAUCCCCUAGUGCUUAUGAGAAAAGUUUGGUGCACAAGAUCUUUGGUGGUCUCCUUCGUAGUCAGGUGAAAUGCAUGCAGUGCUCCUACUGCUCCAACAAAUUUGAUCCAUUUCUAGAUUUGAGUCUUGAAAUAUUCAAAGCAGAUUCCUUGCAUAAGGCCCUUAUGCACUUCACAGCAACCGAACAAUUAGAUGGUGGUGAGAGACAGUACCAAUGUCAGCGGUGCAAACAGAAAGUUAAGGCUCUCAAACAGCUCACAGUUCACAAGGCACCUUAUGUUCUGACCAUCCAUCUAAAGCGGUUUGGUGCACAUGAUCCUGGACAAAAGAUCGAUAAGAAAGUUCAUUUUGGUCCUACAAUGGACUUAAAACCUUUUGUCAGUGGUUCCUAUGAAGAAAAUUUGAAGUAUACUCUUUAUGGGGUUUUGGUUCAUGCCGGUUGGAGCACCCAUUCAGGCCACUAUUACUGCUUUGUUCGCACUUCAACUGGCAUGUGGUACUCCCUUGAUGACAAUCGGGUUGUCCAGGUUAGUGAGAGGACUGUUUUAGAUCAGAAGGCCUACAUGUUGUUUUAUGUUCGUGAUAGAAAAAACUUCACUCCAAAGAAAUCCAUUGAUGUUGUUCAGAAACAAAACUUGGUUGCAAGUGCCAUAGCAAAGAAAACAUAUUCCAGUGUAAGUCAAGGUCUAAAGGAAACCAUUCAAAAUGGACCAGUUGAGAAAAGUUUAAGUGGUGUUGUUGCUUCUGCUGCUGUAACUAAAAAUGAUGUAUCCAAUGUUGGCUUAUCAAAGGAGAUUCUGUCAAAAGAAGCAUCAGCUCCUAAAAGUAGCAGGUUCUCAUCUGAAUGCUUGGCAUUGAAAAAUGGUCCCAUGUCUGAACCUUCACCUAAUGUAGUAUUAUCAAAACAGCGGGUGAAGGGGCCUCCUGUUCUGAACCCUACUCUGGAGAAAUCCAUGCCACCAUCAGCUCCAUCUGUUAAGGGAUCAUCUGAAUGUUUGGCAUUGAAAAAUGGUCCCAUGUCUAAACCUUCACCUAAUGUAGCAUUAUCAAAACAGCGGGUGAAGGGGCCUCCUGUUCUGAACCCUACUCUGGAGAAAUCCAUGCCACCAUCAGCUCUAUCUGUUAAGGGAAGUGGUAUCACUAAUCUUGGCAAUGCCAUUGCAGCUUCAACCGGUGCCAAAUUUAAUGAGCGCAGUGAGGAUGAAAUUUCUAAGAAAGAUCAGGGCAUCUUAGAUGUCAUACAAGCCAACUGCAUCGGUUCCCAAAAUUCUGCUGCUGAUAAGCCUGACUCAGGGAAGACCUCUCCAAAGGUUAGUAUUAUUUCAAAUGCAGAUGAAACAUUGGACAAAGUAGAACCUGUUAAGUUGCCAAAUGGUCCAAGUGGUGAAAAUUUUCAGGUCGAUAGUAUGCCCAAAGGGAGUGCUGCUGGUGAUUCACUUAUUGAAAAGGCUGAUGAUGGUGACCAGAAAUUAUCAACCAAGACAGUAGAAUUUUCAAGCCCAUCAAGCAUGAUGAAUGGAUCUAUUGACACGAAAACUCUUGAUUGCAAGCCUCACAGAAAAUUUAAAAAGAAAAACAUGAAAUGUAGGAUGAGAAGCAUGCAUCUUGUCUCAAACAACCUCUUCCGAGCAUCCUUGAGCCUGCGAAAGAAGAAAAAGCACAGAAGGAGCAAACGGCACACUUCUGAUAUUAAGAAUCUCACUCAAGAACACUUACUGGAAGCAGGUUGUUUAUCUAUUGGUCAGGGACCAUCCACAUCUGAUAAAACCCAGACAACUUCUGUGGGUCCAACUAAUCCUUUGGGAAAAAGGGUUAAGCAUGGUACCAAAAAGGGAGAUAAGAGAACUGCUGGGAAGGAUGUAAAAACCUCUAGUAGUGAAUGUGUGAUGGAUACCAUGGAUGUGGAGUUCAGAGACAGAAUUGGUCAGGAGGGAGGAAUGCUUGCAACAGAUAAAGAACCACAAAAGAGCUCUAGUUCGGUUGCAAAACAGUGGGAUGCACAAAGAUCUGAUAGUUUAAAUGAUAGCAAGAGAGAUCAGAUGCAGAAUGGACUGAUGAGUAUGCUUACCAGAGGUCUAGACGAGACGAUUGUUGCUCGGUGGGAUGAGAUAGAAUGGCCUUCAAACCAGGUUAUGGAAUCACGAAGUGUGGAGGGUGUAACCAUUGGUUAUGUACCAGAUGAAUGGGAUGAAGACUAUGAUCGGGGCAAGAGGAAGAAAGUAAGGAGCUCUAAUGGUAGCUUUGGUGGACCAAAUCCUUUUCAAGAGAUUGCAACCAAGAAGGCACAUUUUAAAAAGGCAAAGAAGGAUCGGUCCAGCUCUGGAAACCAACCAUUCAGGAUAUAAAGAAAUGAAAUAUACAUACAUGAAUGAGUGAGCAAGCUUGACUUGUUACCAUGCUGUUAUACGUCUAUGUAGUUGAUCAUUGCAAUGCUGUGCUGAGCUGAGCUGAUAUUUUAACAGGGAAGGACUCGAAAAUAAGCUGAAUUCGAGCAUUUUUGUUUUCCCAUUUACAAUUUUUUUUUCUUUUUUUCUCUUAGAAGAAAGUUUUGUUUAUUUGGUCUGAGAAGGAAGUUAGUGAACUGGUAUUGACCAUUAUAAAAUUAGGGUCUAUCAUGUUGGAAGACUUUUAGCUGGAAGAGCUAGCUACUUUGUUGUUAAGAGAGUGUACCAAUCUCCAACUCUUCUGAAAUGUAAUUUCUUUGCCCAAUGCCCUGUUGGUUGGCUUA